GACAACAGCACAGCCAUGCUUCAGGAGUGGCUCACUGGAGUGCAGCACCAAUACCAUUCGGUGGAGUGGAGGCCCAUGGAGCAACCAAGCUCCUAUGAAGAUGAGGAGGGUCCCAAGCACUGGUCAGAUUCCAGAUACACACAUGUCAUGAAGUUGAAGCAGGAAGCACUUGGAGCUGCAAGGCGGCUUUGGGCUGACUAUAUACUGUUUGUGGACAGUGACAACUUGCUGACAAACAACCGUGUGCUUACUGACAUGAUGACAGAAAAUCUAACACUCGUGGCACCCAUGUUAGAGUCAAAGAGUCUCUAUUCCAACUUCUGGUGUGGAAUGACUCCUCAGGGUUUCUACAGAAGAACUUCGGACUAUGUUCCCAUUCGCAAAUGGAAGCGUCACGGCUGCUUUGCGGUCCCCAUGGUGCACUCCACCUACCUGCUGGACCUGAGGCGCACAGCCAGCCGCGACUUGACUGUGCACCCUCCCCACUCCCAGUACCCGUACAUUCUGGAUGACAUCAUGUCCUUUGCUUUUGCUGCAAAAAAAGCAGGAAUUCAGAUGUAUGUGUGCAACAAGGAGCAUUACGGGUAUUUACCAGAGCCCCUCCAACAACAUCAGACCUUGAAGGAGGAAGAGGAGAGCUUUACCCACACACUAACAGAGGCACUGAUUUCUUAUGCGUUGGAGCCUUCACGGUAUGUACAGGUUACGCCUAAACAACAAGGAAAAAUGGGAUUCGAUGAGAUAUUUGUAAUCAAUCUAAAACGUCGACCAGACCGACGGGAGAGGAUGUUGAAUACCUUGGCUGUCCUUGGGAUUCAGGGAACACUGGUGGAGGCGGUGGACGGCACAGCCUUGAACUCGUCCCAGCUGCAGGCCAUGGCUAUUGACAUGUUGCCUGGCUACAAAGACCCGUAUUCAGACCGCGUGUUAACAAGAGGGGAGAUUGGCUGCUUCCUUAGCCACUACAACAUCUGGAAAAAGGUGGCGCAACACAAACUACAGCAAGCGCUCGUGCUGGAGGAUGAUAUCAGAUUUGAGCCCAGAUUUUGCAGUAGGCUAGAAGCCAUCACGGACAAUGUGCAGGAAGAAGGACUUGACUGGGACCUUAUUUAUGUUGGCCGUAAGCGACUGCAGGCGAAGGAGCCAGAGCGAUGGGUGAAGGGAGUCAGUAACCUAGUGCACCCAGGUUACUCCUACUGGACUUUGGGUUACAUGCUGUCCCUUCAGGGGGCCAAGAAGCUCCUGCAGGCUCAACCUCUGGGCAAAAUGCUGCCAGUUGAUGAGUUCUUACCCAUCAUGUUCAACCAGCACCCAAAAGAGGAGUACAUGCAGUAUUUUGAGCCCAGGGACCUGAGGGCCUUCUCAGUGCAGCCCCUGUUGCUUUUCCCCACACAUUACACGGGAGAGCCCGGCUACAUCAGCGACACAGAGACCUCCACUAUCUGGGACGAUGAGAUGGUGGAGACAGACUGGGACAGAGGAGGUGCCAAACACAGGCGAAUGGAUGUGGAGGAGAGUGAAGAUGAACGUUAAGGACAAAUGCUGAUAUGCCGCUCCUCCUCUUCUCUCUGCAUCUCGA